AUGGCGAGAUCAUCAUCUUCUGAUCAAAAUCGUCGAUUAGGUCGUCGGGAAGACGACUCGAACCGUCCUCGCAAGAGGCCGCGAUACUCACCGGCCAUCCCAGAGACGACGGGGAUAAUAAACUUUGCUGGUUCGUCGACCAAGACGAACCCUAAAGAGAAGAAACCGAUCACGGGAAUCAAUAUUCCAGAAAGCGAUUGGUGGGUCGUGACUAGAUUUCUCGGGAAAGGCUCAUACGGCUCUGUUUACUUAGCCAAUAAGACAACGACCAACGGAGACGUAAAAGUCUGUAUGCCUCAAGAGAUGGCGAUCAAAACCACAGAGGUCUCACAAGCAUCACGGCUCCAGAAAGAGGAAGACUUCUUAAGCCGUUUCAAGAACCAAUACGUCGUCUCUUGCUACGGUGGCAUCAUCACACAGGACAAGGAGAGCAGAGAGAUGUUAUACAACGCGAUUUACGAGUACUGCUCUGGAGGAUGCCUUGCGAAACACGUCGAGAGAUACAGAGGAAGAGGAUUGCUAGAAUACGAUGCCAAGAGGUUCGCCAUCGAUAUCUUGUCUGGUCUCAAGUGUAUCCAUGAGAAGAAGAUCAUUCACGGGGACAUUGAGCCGAAGAACAUCUUACUCGUGCCUGAUGAUGUUAGGGCUAAUGGGUUGGUUGCUACGAGGAGGUUUAUGCCGCCGGAGCUUGUGGUGGAUAUGGUUUUGGACUAUUGUGCGGAUGUUUGGGCUUUUGGUUGUACGCUUCUUGAGAUGUUGACAGGAAAAGCGGUUUGGGGAGAGUAUGGUGAUGAUAUUGAUUGGGAAGAUUGGAUUAGUCUUGUUGGUGAGAGUGGCUCUGUUCCUUACGUUCCUGGUUCGUUGUCCCAAGGAGCUAAGGAUUUUCUCUCAAAGUGUUUGGUGAGGGAUCCUGCCCAAAGGUGGACUGUUGAGGAGUUGCUCAAACAUCCGUUUCUUGUUCAUUGGACUAGCGGAAUCUCUGGAGACGAGGAGGAGGAAGAAGAAAGAUAUGAAGAUGUAGUAGAAGAAGAAAAUCAAGAAAUGGAAGAGGUAGAGGUAGAAGAAGAAGAAGAAGAAGAGGAAGAAAUAGGAGUUGCAGAUGUAGAAGCACAUGAACCAUAUCAAGAAGAGGAAGAAGAAGAUGCAAGCAGCAGCAAAUUUAGCAUAUGGAGAUCCAGAAGUAGAAGCAUAUUUAGCAAAUUUACACUAUGGUGA